CGUAAGGGUGGAGUCUUCGUAUCAGCUAGCAACGAGAAGGUAGAUCAUCGUACGCGGUCUCGCUGCAGCGAACCCACUGACGUGCGCGUUUGGAAAGCUGUGAUCAAUCUAAGUGUCUAUUUGCAAAGAAGAUAACUUUUUACCACGCCUCUGCAUCUUUCAUGGUGGCCGAUCUAAUGAAACUCUGCUGGUCAUGGCCUCACUUCUGACUAUUCGGGAACGCAAAGCGCGUUGGAAGGAGCUGGAGAAGUUGAUCACUACAUACAACAGGCGACACAGACACAACUCUUUCCAAUUCUCAUUGCCCAACAAGGAGCUCAUAUUUAAAGGCAUUAUCAGAGUAUUUUAUGAACAUAUUGACAGCUGUGAACAAAGCAAGUGCUUUCAAGUCAACAGUCAGACAUCCAGUGCUGAAAUAGUUGCAAAGUUUAUAGAGAAAUUGGAUGUUCGAGAAGACCCUAUGAACUAUGCUUUGUACCAUGUGAACAUGUCAUCUAAAUGUGAACGUCUUAUAGGUGAUAGUGAAUUUCCACUUACGUUUGUGUUAUUCUAUAAUGAAAAAGAGCAGGAAGAUCUAAGAUUAGUGUUGAAAAGACAGGUGGUACUGUCUACGCAUGAAAAGCGAAGAACACUGGCACCUCCACCAACUCCACAAAAGCAGAAGAACAGGAAAAUUAUUGCACCAAAGGAUGCAGUAACAGACUACGGUAUUAUUUUAUUGGAGGAAGCUGCAGAAGGUGAGAUGUCCCUUCUUUCCUCAGAAACAGACAAAGUAAAAGAAGCAGCCAAAGAUAUGGUAAACAUUGUCGCCAAAAAUAGAUCUCCAAUGUAUACAGUAUCUUCCAGGGACCGCCUAUGGCAAUAUCUGAGACCGAAGGUUGCGCAGGCUUUCUUUCUUUGACAUAACAGUUCAUAACACUGUCCAAGCUAAGUAAUUAUGUGAAGCUGCAGAAAUGACUGGAGCCGCUGCAGGGGCAGG